UCGCAGCAGACGAACAUUUUCGCAGUAUUAUCGGUAGUUAUGUCAACUAUUUUUGUUGUGGGAUGUUGAGGGUUAACAAUAUUUGUACUAAUGAUGGAUGAAGAUAAUGUAACUGUGUAUUCUUAUGCAUGGAUUCUUAGGGAUUCUAUGCGAAAAAACCUUGACCCAAUGAAACAAAUUUUUUAGAUCAGUUUUCCUUCUUCCUCUUGCAGUUACAUUUAGAAAAUAAAGAUUCCAAGCCGAAAUGGCUGGUGUUAGUAGCAAAGAAUUUUAUUUCAAUGCAGUUCAACUGUUAGCACGAUCUCUGGCUAGUCUGAAACCUACUCCAUGGGAAAAAUUCAACCAGUUACUAAACAUGUGUCCACAAGAAUCCCCUCAAGGUAUCUUUAAAUUUGAUCAAAGAGGACAAGAUUCAGUAUUUGCUCUCGGCAUAUACUUUUUGACAUCUGGAUUUCAGUUUCAUGAUAUUAUAUAUCCUUAUUUAAUGAAACUAUUGAGAGGCCUUACAAAAGCAAUUUGGGUUGAAGAAGCACGGCUUUAUGAAACAGAUCGUAUACCAGUCAGUGAACGUUUUGCUUUUUGUUUAAAUACUCUUCUUUCUGACAUUGCAUGUUUAUGCGAAAAUUUGCAAGAAGAGAUAAUUGCUGCUCAAGUUGAACUGCUAGGCACAUUAGCUAACCUUUGCAGAAACUACAAGGAAAAAGAAUCUGUUAAUUCUCGGUGCAGUGCUGCAAGAGUUACGCUAUGCAAAUCGGUAGUACCUGUUUUCAUUGGCACUGCACGUGCUGUUGGAAGAGGCAGUAAAAAAGGAUCUCCACUAUUUUGUCGCUUGUUUCCUCCUCCAUCAUCUACACCUCCUGCAACUCCUGAAUCUCCAAAGCUCCAUAAAGUGGCUAGUUCCAGUUCAUUCAAACAACGUACCUUUCACAAUUUCAGACCGAUAUUACAUCGAUCUAUGUCGGCUGUUUCUCGCAAUGCAUCUAGUUCUGCAUUAACAAGCCAUGACUCAGGAGCUGAUUUAUCAGUAACUAGUGGUAGUGGAAUUUCAAGUAAGAGGGGCUCAUUGUAUAGUCAGUCAUCAUUGACAUAUGACCCUACUAGUUAUUAUUUUUACAAGUUUGGAUCUAGUUUUGGUAGAUUACCUGCUCUUGGGUUGAUGGAAAAUGUAGAGCAUCCAUUUAUGUUUUCUGUUGCUCAUCUUCAAGCAGUACUAGCUAUUGCGAAAAAACUACUCACUCAAGAUCUUCUGGAAUUUUUAGAUGAGCAAGCUACAGAAGUCUAUAAUACUGGCCAGUUGAAAAUAUUCCCAUAUAAAACAUUUAGCGAGACUAUUAACUUAGUGUUAGUUACAUUGCUUCGUGAACUCCUUCAGCCACAGAAAAAUUUACCAUCACCAUUUACCAAAGAUGUUCAGGAAUUUGUCAAAGGUUUGUUUCUUUCUGGGCAAACUGAACUUCAAACUAGACAGCAUGACGCCAGUGAACGUGAAGACAAGGAAUCAAAUUUCACUGUUGUAAAUAAAUUUAAAGUGAAUGUUCAGACUAAUGCUGCUUGUGUUGAUCUUUUGGUGUGGGCUGUUGCUGAUGAUAUUGGUGCCGAUAGUCUUUGUAGCCGUCUUCAGGGAAAAAUUCAUUCAUCUCAUUCAGCAAAAAUAGCUUUAGCUCAUAUGCCUUUGCUUAUGGUCUGUUUAGAGGGUUUAGGACAGUUGGCUGAAAAAUUUCCAAGUAUUGCCCAUAGUUGUAUAGAUGCUCUUAGAGAUUUUCUUGUCAAUCCAUCUCCUAUUUUGUUACGAUUAAAUCGUCAGUCUAUGGAUCAUCAUAUUCGUAGUGGAAAUCUAAGUAUCAUGGUUACUUCGGAAAGUCCGUCAACUGUCUAUUCAGCUACUACAACUAGUUCUGGAACUGCAUUUGAAAUUUUAAGAGACACAGCUAUUGAAAACUUGUGCAGAGCUCUCAAAGCUGGCUUACAAAAUGACACUCAUUGUGUACAAGCAUUCCUUGCAUCUGUAUCCAACAGAUUAUAUCAAGCUGAGAAGAGUGAUAUGGAAUCAACACUGGUUUCGACCAAUACAAUUGUUGCCUUAGGACAUGUGGCAGUAGCUCUAAAAAAUACUCCUCGGACAAUGGAGUCCAUAUUACAGUUUUUUCAACAAAGAUUUUGUCAACCACCUUCUAGAUUAGAUUCUCUUAUCGUUGAUCAGUUAGGGUGCAUGGUUAUAGCCAAAGGAGAUCUUUCUGUUCAUGAAGAAGUCAUGAAAAUGUUCACUAUGAUCACUGUGGAAUCUAGUUCUGCUUAUAAUGUAGGCAGUGCUGAUGAAAGAAAACAAGGCUAUAGGAAGGUAUCUUUAUCUGUGAUCAAUGCAUUAGCAAAUAUUGCAAAUGAUUUAGAAGGGGAGGUUGAGCAAAAUGAACUUCUUGUCCGUCUUCUAGAGCUGUUUGUACAGCUUGGCUUAGAAGGAAAAAGAGCUAGUGAAAGAGCUCCUGCUACAUUCAAGGCAUCAAGUAGUGCUGGUAAUUUAGGAGUGCUGAUUCCUGUUAUAUCUGUGCUCCUUAGAAGAAUGCCUCCAAUAUCUAAUCCUAAACCUAGGUUACUGAAAUUAUUUCGGGAUUUCUGGCUAUAUUGUGUUGUAAUGGGUUUUACAUCAGAAACAGGUCUAUGGCCUCAAGAAUGGUUUGAAGAACUAAAGGAAAUUGCUGCAAAGUCACCUCUUCUAGUAUCAAGAGAGCAUCUAAGAUCAGAAUUGCAGUAUAAUUCUGCCAUUAGAAGUGAUGCUGUUUCUGUGGGUGAAAUUCAGGAGUUAAGGAAUCAGAUUCUUGCAUUACUUGAUCAAGCAGAUGUAACGCCUCUAAUAAAUAAAUUAAAUUUUGCACAAUGUACAUAUUUAUUGUCUGUGUAUCAUCUAGAAACAUUAAGGGUUCGGCAUAUACAAGGAAAAACGCCUUUCCAUUGCAUGCUGCACUAUCUGGAAGAUAUUACUAUACAAAAAGAUAAAGCUGGCAUGUGGCAAUGCAUUUUAGUAGUUUCAGAUAAAGUUUUUCAAACAUACUUAGAUGUGAUAUCAAUCAAGCCUCGGAAUAAAGAACGUGAUGAUGAACUUGAAGAACAUGCAACAUUCUUACUUGUUAAAUUCAAUCACCCACAGAAGCAAAUUCGACGUGUCGCAGAUAAAUAUCUUUCAAUGCUAGUUGACAGGUUUCCUCAUUUGCUUUGGAGUGGUAAUUUGUGGACAAUUCUAGAUAUUCUUCAGAUAUUAGCUCUUUCCUUGAAAUGGGAUUCAAAUGAAGAGACUCCUGAAUUAAUUGUUCCUCGCACUUCAUACAAACUUGCUUUGACUGAUGCUUUGGAUACACGAGAGAAUAUUGUUCGUGAUUUUGCUGCUCGUAGCCAAGGUAUAUUGCAAGAAGCAGUGAAAUGGGCUCCAAAUGUUACGCGUUCUCAUUUAGUGGAAUACCUUACGGUUCAACAACAUGCUACUGAUGGUCUGAAACAUCACAGUGGGCUUGCUAUGGCAGUGGAAAGUGUGUUACAGUUUUCUGGGUUAAAUUUAUUAUCUGCUCCUCUUUCGAAAUCCACACUUGACAAAUGGCCUGCUUGUGUAAAAAAUAACUAUUCUGAAUCUGUGGCAUCCAUGAAUAUUCGCUGCCAUUAUAGUGGAGAGAUUGAAGGUUUGCUGGCUGCUUCUGAUGAUUCCGAAGAAUUUAUGAAAAAUAUUUCUAAUCAGCUACUACUUAAUUUGACUGAUACUUGGCAUGAUAAAAAUUCUGAAGCUCAUGACAAGUGCAUUUAUCGUGUGUGUGCUCUUCUUAUUGCUACUAAAGGUAGUCUUUUCUUUUCU